GGGAUCUCAUUUCCAACUGGUUAAAAAUCACGUGUGCACUGCACUUUGCACUGUGCACUUGAAAGUAAUUUAUCUCGCGAGAUAAACUCGUAGUAUCUACUGACUCAAUACUUUUGUUUCCGUAAAAAAUACCAUAGAUUCUAGAAUGGAUGCUCAAUUAAGGAAAUUGGCUGUGAAACUUCACCAUAUUGGUGCUAUCAAGUAUGGUAAUUUUACUACAAAAGUUGGCCUCCAAACUCCAAUUUACAUCGACCUAAGAGUUAUCAUUUCCGAUCCCGAUUUAUUGGAAGAACUUUCACUAGCACUUUGGAGCCUUAGUGAUGAAGAAGACAAACAUCAUCAUGUAUGUGGUGUACCCUAUACUGCUCUACCAUUAGCGACGACCAUUUCAUUAAAAUCCCGUGUACCAAUGUUAAUAAGGAGAAAAGAAGCAAAAUCAUAUGGAACAAAAAAAAUGAUUGAAGGUCUUUAUGAAAAAGGAGAUACUGCUGUUAUUAUAGAAGACAUAAUUACAAGUGGUUCAAGUAUCAUUGAAACCGUUAAAGAUUUAAAAAAAGAAGGUCUCAAUGUGAAUAAAGCUUUUGUGAUUGUAAACAGAGAACAAGGAGGUAAAAAAAAUCUUGAAGAUGCUGGAAUCACAGUGAAAUAUUUGUUCACAAUGACACAACUAGUUGAUUACUUGUAUCAAGAAGGAAUAUUUACGCAACAAUGUGUAGAUGAAGUAAAGGAAUACAUAAAAAAUUCUCAAAUACCAAUGAAAGUAAAAGUUGAGAAUGAAAGGUUGAUUCAGAGUUUUUCAACCAGAGCCAAAGCAAGUAAAAACCAAUCUGCAAUUAAAUUGUUUAAACUAAUGGAACAAAAACAAACAACAUUAUGUUUGGCUGCUGACUUUGUAAAAUCUCAAGAAAUUUUAGAUAUUGCACAAUUAGCUGGUCCUCAUAUUGCAGUAUUGAAAGUACAUAUUGAUAUUGUAGAGGAUUACAACAAAGACCUUAUUCAGAAUCUCAAAAACUUGGCUAAGACUCAUAACUUUAUGAUCAUGGAAGACAGAAAAUUUGCAGAUAUUGGUCAAGUAGUAUCUCAGCAAUUUAGAAAUGGUAUUUAUUCAAUUGCAGAAUGGGCUGAUUUAAUUACAGUUCACCCAGUACCUGGUAAAGGAAUAAUCCAAGGCAUUGGCAAGGGUCUUGAUGAAUGUUCCGAAGAUAAAGGAAUAUUUAUUGUAGCUGAGAUGUCAUCUGCUGGUGCUUUAACUACAGGAGAAUAUGUUGAAAAAGCAGUAAAAGAAGUUGCAGACUCUGAAAUGGUGACUGGAUUUGUUUGCCAAACAAAUAUUUUCAAAGAUCCAGGACUCAUUCAACUAACUCCUGGUGUUAAAUUAGUAGAAUCAGCUGAUGAUUUAGGACAACAGUACAAUACUCCCAAUGCUGUUGUUGAUAAAGGAGCUGAUUUAAUUGUUGUUGGUAGAGGAAUUACUCAAGCCAAAGACCAAUUAUCGGCUGUCAUAGAAUACAAAAAAGUUCUCUGGGAAGCCUAUAAAAAACGAGUUGUUGAAAAUACAGAAUAAUAUUUUACACUAUUAACAAAUAUAUGUGAAGCAGGCAUUCAUUGAUAUUUUGAAUAGUAAAAUUCAAAAUUAAAAUAUAUUUUUCUGUUGGUAUAGAUAAAUAUUUGAUUAAUGUAACCCUUUUUUACUUUGUACAAAUGUUAUAAAUACAUUUUAUUCAAAUAUUUUUGUACAUGAAGUUAUAUUAACAGUGCAAUUGUGUAAAGAACUUAACAUAUUAAAUAAAAUAUCAUACAAAAAAUUA